AUGAAGCACUCCACAAUAUCCCUUGCCUUUGUAGCAGGCCUGGCUCUCGCCCACCCGGCCCCAAGCCCGCCGUCGGCCGAGACAACAUCGUCGUACACACAAACCAUCGCAAGCCAGGCCCAGGCCACCAGCGCCGAGAUGGAGGCCGAGAUCCAGCGCUACUGGACAACCGAGCGCAUCCUGGCCAUAGACCACAAUCCGUACUCACCAUCCGACCCGCCCGAGAUACCCCCCGAGCUCCAACCGCUCGGGCAAGAGUACUCGGGCAAAGGCGCCGUCCCGUCGACGGUCGGCCGGCUCUUUUACUCGGUCCACAUGGCAAACGGCUCACUUCACGAUAGCACAUGCACGGCAACGCUCCUCCGCAGCCAAAACAAGGCCACGCUCGUCACGGCCGCUCACUGCAUCCACACCGGCCGCCAGGGGCCCGGGAGCGAAAUGUCGCUCAGCUGGCACGCCAACCUGCUCUUCGUGCCGGGAUACCACGACGACGUGCCGCGCGCCAACUUCACCAUUGCCCGCGCGUUCCUGUCCAGUCGCUGGAUCGACGACCGCGAUUACUUUGUCGACGACCGCGCCUUCAUCGUGCUCAACCGACCGGACGCGACGGCGCCGGCGCAGGACAUUCAGUUCAAGAAGAUCGACCCGCCGUACGGCACACGCUACAUCAUGGGAUACACGCGUUCGGUGACGUUUGGCCCAAAGGACACCUACCGGUAUGGCACGCCGGCCUUUACUGGCCGCCGACUCGCCGUGAGCCAUGGGACCGCUGAGGACUGGUGGCGUUUCGACCACGAGACGACGGGUAUUCCGAGCGUACAGAGCGGCGGCUCUAGCGGCGGGCCGCAUUUUGCAGAGUUUAAUGAGGAGACGGGCGUUGGAACCGUCGUGGCUGUGAAUUCGAUUGAGGACUAUAAGGAAGAGGACGGUGUGAGGGCGACGUGGAUGCUUGGCGCGCCGGUUCAUGACGAGUUUUCCAAGGGUCUUUAUGAUGCCGCACAAGUUGUGAAGCCGGCGUUGUCUUGA